ACUCACCAAGCCAUCUAAGGUAGUGCUUUUUCAUUUCAAUCAGCCUAUAGUCUGCAGAGCGGCGGCACAAAACCACCACUGAGAGACCAACAUGAAUGUGGAACAUGAAGUCAGUCUGCUCAUUGAUGAAAUCCGCCGACUGGGCAGUAAAAAUGCAGACGGGAAGACCAGCGUCAAAUUCGGAGUCUUGUUUAACGAUGACCAGUGCGCCAAUCUCUUUGAAGCUCUUGUCGGAACACUGAAAGCGGCCAAGCGGAAGAAGGUGAUCACUUUCGAUGGCGAGCUGCUACUGCAAGGAGUUCACGACAACGUUGAUGUCGUAUUACUGCAGGACUGAAUGUGACCGUGUCUUUUCUAAAGCCAAGCCGAAAAAAGUACAAAUGCAUUUUUUUUACAUGCCAUUGCUACAUUUUGAUACAUCUAAGAAUGUAACAAGUUUGUGUAAUGCAUUGGAGUAUUUUUAUACAACCAUUUCUUCCUUUCUCAGGGGAGUGAUUCGCACAACAGUUUUUUGUAAAGUAGCAAUCUUCCCUUUUCAAACACCUCAGUGGUUAUAUCAUUAAUAUAAAACAUAAAAAUAUACUAUUAAAAUGUGCAUGAGCAUGUCGCAGGCUUUCUGGGACACACUGUUUUCAACUUUAAAAUGAAUAUCCAUCAGAAUAUACCUCUGACGUCCAGUUGUGAUUAAAUUGAUAAUGCACUGGACGGUCAAAAGAGUAAUCAUGAGGUCGUUUGCAGUACUGUACUGUGAAAUGUUUAUAAUUGUCAUGUCGUUCAUAUUAUAUGAGCCAUAACAUCUUUAUUUGUUGAUAGACAUGACAAGUAUGUUUUGUUAGAUUUAAAUAUUACAAAAAAGAAUCAUGUUUGACCAAUUAAGAUAAUUGUUUUAGUGUGAUAUUGUUUUAUAAAGCUCUUGCGCAAACACCUUCGUAUUGUACUCGUGCUAUUCUUCUCUGUGCAAAUGUUACAUACUGUUGGACUCCCAGUGGUGCAGUUGGUGCCAUUUCAAGCUCAGGAAGACCUUAACAUGAGCAGCAAUAGGAAGUAAAACUUCAUCAAUUAUUAAAUAACGGGGAGUUUUGCACUGGAUUAUGACAGUGGGGGAUUUUCAUUUGUCUUUCUCAUUUCUCAUUCUCAACGUUUUGAACCUGGCUUUAGACUUCUAAUUUGUCACGUUUUUUGCUUUCUGACCAUGUCGUUGCUGUGUUUUCUGUCUUGUGAUGGUUCAUCUGCUUUCGAAUGGCUGGAGACGCUUUGUUUAAAGUGCAAUAAAGUCAUAUUAAUACAUUUGACUUGAUUUAGGACACUUAAUACAUUAGGUUUAUGACUAGUACUGAAUGGGGUAUAUGCACACGGACUUAAUUUCAAUAAGCCAGCCCCAGGGCCUCUGGUUAAUUGUCAUCCCAUGAAAGAAUGCAGCAUUUAAGAUCUGAUUACUUUAAAAGAAAGUAUGAGAUACGAUAUAAAGUGCAAGAACAAGAAGCACUGCAUUAAAUUCUAUUUUUACAUGCCUUGUAUGUGGAAUAUGGAAAUUAAUUUUACUCCAGUAUUUUCAGUCGAAUUUCUGGUUAGCCGGCUGCUAAUAAUGGCGUCUGUGUUUAAAAGGUCUGUGGUCUCUUUUUACGCUUUAACUAAUAAAUCGAUGCUUUAGUCUGUUUAACUAAAUAUAUUUGGAUGACAUUACAACAUCGAUGCUGUAAAAGGAACCUCAUGAAAUUGAAAAUAGUCACAUUAAGCUUUCACUGGAAGUUCAUCAUUGGCUGAAAAACAUUAGCUCUGCAUAUAAUCCAUUGCACACUUGAUGGUGCAAGUAUGUGAUGUUAUCUAAAAUGAAUGAGCCUGGCUGCAAUGGACUUUUGGAGAUAUGAUUUUGUAUUUUUAAAAUACAUCUGAGCCUUGACACUGGUAAAAUCUAUCUUUGUAAGAAAA